GGCCGCGCGGGGCCGGGCCCGGGGCCGCUGACAGCCGCCGCCGCGCCAUGUACGCCAAGGGCAAGGGCUCCGGCGUGCCCUCGGACGGCCAGGCCCGCGAGAAGCUGGCGCUCUACGUCUACGAGUACCUGCUGCACGUGGGGGCCCAGAAAUCCGCCCAGACCUUCUUGUCGGAGAUCCGAUGGGAGAAGAACAUCACGCUGGGGGAGCCCCCCGGCUUCCUGCACUCCUGGUGGUGCGUCUUCUGGGAUCUGUACUGCGCCGCUCCGGACCGCCGCGAGACCUGCGAGCAUUCCAGCGAGGCCAAAGCCUUCCAUGACUACAGCGCGGCGGCAGCGCCCAGCCCGGUGAUGGGGAACCUGCCCCCCGGGGAUGGCAUGGCCGGGGGUCCCGUGCCCCCCGCCUUCUUCCAGGCUCCUGCGGGUGCCCCCCCUCUGCCCCCCACCCCCGGGGUGCCCCUGCUGGGCCCGCACAGCCAGCCUUUCAUGUCCCCCCGCUACCCCGGCGGCCCCCGGCCCCCGCUCCGGAUGCCCAACCAGCCCCCCGUGGGUGUUCCUGGCUCCCAGCCGCUGCUGCCCAACGCCAUGGACCCGGCUGCACGCUCACAGGGGCAUCCUGGCAUGGGGGGCCCGAUGCAGCGCAUGAACCCCCCCCGAGGCAUGGCCGGGAUGGGGCCACAGAGCUACGGCAGCGGGAUGCGCCCCCCCCCCAGCUCGCUGGCCGGCCCUGGAAUGCCCACCAUGAACAUGGGUCCCGGUGGCCGCGGGCCCUGGCCCAACCCCAACGCCAACUCCAUCGCCUACUCCUCCUCAUCCCCUGGGAAUUACGUGGGCCCUCCUGGGGGCGGUGGCCCCCCCGGCACCCCCAUCCUGCCCAGCCCCGGAGACUCCACCAACUCCAGUGAGAACAUGUACACCAUGAUGAACCCCAUCGGACCCGCGGGGAACCGGCCCAACUUCCCGAUGGGGCCCGGACCCGAGGGGCCCAUGGGCGGGAUGAGCGCGAUGGAGCCGCACCACAUGAACGGAUCCUUAGGCUCUGGGGACAUGGAUGGGCUGCCAAAGAGCUCCCCCAGUAAUUUGGGGGCCCUGAGCAACCCCCCCGGGACCCCUCGGGACGACGCCGAGCUGAGCAGCAAUUUCCUAAAUCCCUUCCAAAGCGACAGCUACUCGCCCAGCAUGACAAUGAGCGUGUGAGCCCCGCGCCGAGGCCGCCGACAGCCAGACGCCCUCACCCACCACCGAAAAAAAAAAAAAAACCAUAAAAAAAAAAAAUCAUUAAUUUUAAUGAUCAGCCCCCCCCCCCAGCCCCGCCCCGUCACGCCCAACCUCCCCCCCGCCCCACUCCACACACACAUUUUCAGCGCCCCCCGCCCCGUUCCGCCCUCUCCUCCUUUUUUUUUUUUUUUUUUUUUUUUUGUUGUUGUUGUUGUCGUUGUUUUUUUAUUUUUUUUUUUUGUUUUUUUUUUUUUUUAAUCCAAACGAACACUAAAAACGAGCAGGAAAAAAAAAACAAAAAAAAAAAAAAAGCGCGGGAGGAAAAAAGAAAUAAUAACGAUGAUUAGAAAUAAGUCAUGUGACUUAUUUGCUGCCCACCCAGCACCCCCCCCCCCAAUCCAGGACUGGGACAAACCCCCCCCCCCCCAGCACUCCUUUUCCAGUCCUUCCCACCCCCCCCUGAACUGGGAAUGCUCCCAGCACUGGGAUUGACCCCCCCAAACUGCUGGGACCCCAUUUAUUGCCCCCCCCACCCACCCAGCACUGGGAGCCCCCCACUCUGUACUGGGACCCCGUUUGUUGCCCCCUCCUCCAGCACUGGGGACCCCCCCCCCCCCACAACAUUCCCAACCGCAGCCCCCCCCCCUCCGCAGGGCGGGGUCGGUGCGGGGAGGGGGGGUCUGGCACUGUGGGGGUGCUGAAGGGGCAUUUUUGGGGUGUUUUGGCUCCCACAUGGGGCGGCACCAAGCCCGGGGAGGGGGAUUUUUGGGGGGCGUCAUGGCAUUGUGCCCCCCCCCCUCCCCUCCAUGGCAGGUGGUGCCAAUCCCCCCCCCCUCAAUUUCGAGCAUCUGGGGGGGGGGGUUUCCCUGAGCUGUGCCCCCCCCCCCCCCUCAGGCUGGGAGGGUGUGACCCCCUCCCAGUUCUCCCAAUGCCCCCCCUGAGUCCUGGAGGGGGGCAGGGGGGGCAGAACCAGCACAGACCCCCCCCCCCCUCCCCUAAAUCCAGGCUGUGCUGGGGGAGGGGGAAGGAGUGGGGGGGGGGCAAUCCAUGACCCCCCCAUGGUGCAGCCCCCCCGCAGGUCCCAGUGCAGAGCAGCCCCCCCAGCCCCCAGCCCCAUCUGUGUGCUCAGCCAGCACUGUGACCCCCGGCCCCCCCCCGAGCACCAGACCGGGGCGCCCCCCCCACCCCCAGAACCCCCCCAGGGACCACUUUAAUAUGAAGGAAAUUUUUUUUUUUUUUUUUUUAGUGUGGUUUUGAUUUUUUUUUUCUUUUUUUUUUUUGGGAUUUUUUUUUUUUUUUGGGUUUUUUUUUUUUUGUGCUGAUUUUUUUCCUCUUUUAUAACAGAAAGGACCUCAAAGCCCCUCCUUAACCACCCCCCCCUCAAGAGCCCCCCCAAAAUGCCGCCGCACACCCAGACCCCCCCCCUCCCCUGUACAGCCCCGCACCCCUCGUGUCCCCCCCGAAAAUGGGGGGGCAGCCCCCAGCCCCCAUAGGGGUGACCCCCCCCAUUAGGCGUAGUCGUUCUGUGUAGGGACCCCCCUCAUUUCUAAACUUCUAGAUUUCCCCCCCCCCUAUUGCUUAUCAAAACAAAAAUGGGGGAACAACCCCCCCCCAAAAAAAAAAAAAAAAGAACAAACGAAAAAAAAAGAAAAAAUAUAAAAAGAGCAAAAAAAGAAAAAAAAAAGCCCUAAAAUGACAAAAAAAAAAAAAAAAUCCACGACCUCCCCAACACCCCCCCCCCCGGCAUCAAUAAAUGUAAUUUGAUUUUUUUUCAGAAGGCGGCGAUAUUUGGGUCUUGCUGGGGGUGGGGGGGGACCCCAAAACCAGGCAGGGGGACCCCAAAACCACAUGAAGAGGAACGAGGUGAGGGGGACCCCAAGAACCAAAUAAAGGCACCCAAAACCAGGUGGAAAAAAAAACAAAAAACCUCACAAAACCAAGUGAAGGGACCCCCAAAACCAGGUGAGAUUCCCAGAAACCACCAGGGGCACCCCAAAGACCAGAUGAGACCCCAAGAACCAAGUGAGGGACCCCAAAACCCAAGUGAGGGACCCCAAGAACCAAG